AUGCAGUCAAAGAUUUUCUUUAUUGUGGCGAUUUUAUUUGUGGUGAUCGUCAAUGCUACGUCACAUCCAAAAUUCCGCGUUAUUCAAGGAGUUGAUGAUGAAGACAACAAAUAUCCUUACGUGGUUUGCUUAGCUAGGCUUCAAACUCAAGUUCCUGGCCUGGAGUUAUACCGUGGGUGUACAGGCACUCUUAUAGCUCCAGAAUGGGUAUUAACAGCAGCGCAUUGUCUGGUACCAGAGUUACAGUUGGAUAUCGUCAGAUAUGGAAAUAUGUCCAUCCCGAGGAAUGCUACCGAUUCCACCAGGAGAAUUCUGAAGAGAAUACCCCAUCCCAACUACAAAGGUGCCUUAUUUAUUGAAUCCAUUGAUUUAUGUAAGAACGACAUCGGUUUGGUUUUAGUGGAAGAAAUACAGAUGAUGGUACUUGGCAAGAUAUCGUCUGUAGAUUACAGGACUUUAAGUGGACAGAAAGUGACGUAUGCUGGUUACGGAAGAACUGGCAAAAGGAAAAAAAAUAAGUCAUUGGAAAUACAAGAAUCGUUGGUGGAUGAGUUUAAGCCACUUCAGCUGGGUAAAUGCAUGAUCCGUUCUUGUCCACAAUAUCUAAAAUUCUGGUCGGUUCUAUGUGCGGUGCCCAAAUGUACGUCGAAGGGUCAUAGGCCAUCAGACAGGGACUCGGGUGGACCUUUGUUUCUGGAUGACAAAGUUGUCGCAGUACUCACUGGUGUUAAAUUUUUAAUUAUUCAUGAUAAACUUUUGUAUGUGCUUUACACUCCAGUUAGUCCUUAUUUAGACUGGAUCAGGACAACUGUGAACACUCACGAAAGUGCUGAAACAAGACGUGUAAGGAGAAACAAUAUCUCCCGUGAUCCGUUAGUUGGUGAUCUUGAAUCUAUUCGAGUAUUAUGA